CCCUGUCUUGACUCCAGUUUUUUUUUUAUCCUGGGUGUUGCCUGCUUGGAUUACAACUUUGGUGUUUCACUGGGUGUUGCCGAGAAGCAGAGACAAGCCGGAUCAUUUCUGUAACGAGAACAUUUUCCACUUUUUGGCCCUCUCACUUUGUUUACGUUGUGCUUUUCAGGCGACACGGGUUUAUUUUAGCCGCUGUUAGCAAGCUAAGCUAACUGAGACCGAGCUGCUGCAACGUUGGCUGGGUGCUAGCGAGACAGCCGUCCGAUGCAGGCCAUUAAGUGUGUGGUGGUGGGGGACGGGGCUGUGGGUAAAACAUGCCUGCUCAUCAGCUACACUACCAAUGCCUUCCCUGGAGAGUACAUCCCCACAGUCUUUGACAACUACUCUGCCAAUGUGAUGGUUGACGGGAAACCAGUGAACCUGGGCCUGUGGGAUACAGCAGGACAGGAGGACUACGACAGGCUCAGGCCUCUGUCCUACCCACAGACAGAUGUGUUCCUGAUUUGCUUUUCACUAGUCAGUCCAGCCUCCUUUGAAAACGUCCGUGCCAAGUGGUACCCUGAGGUGAGACACCACUGCCCCAACACCCCCAUCAUCCUGGUGGGCACCAAGCUGGACCUGAGAGAUGACAAGGACACCAUCGAAAAACUCAAGGAGAAGAAACUCUCCCCCAUAAUCUACCCUCAGGGCCUGGCCAUGGCUAAAGAAAUAAGUUCAGUGAAGUAUCUGGAAUGCUCCGCUUUGACCCAGCGCGGCCUUAAGACGGUGUUUGACGAAGCCAUCAGGGCGGUCCUGUGCCCCCCACCCAUCAAGAAGAGGAAGAGGAAGUGCAGAGUAUUGUAAUGGAGAACCACAGGGAGUAGAAAAUACAAUUGCAGUCAGAACUCAGCUACUCAGAAGGAAGACGAUUAUUGCUGGGUUCCCCAAAUAUCUAUUCACCCCGUGUCCUUGCUUACAUAGAAGCUCUGGUAGACCAGACUUCCAUAUGAAAGAGCUUCACAGAUUUAAGCAGCGCUGAAGGUUUUCUGUCAGAUGUGGUUUACAUCUGUUUAGUCCUUUCAAACUGACAGGAAUGAAGUGACUUUGCUAAGGCCUUUGGGGAAUGUGAGGGUGGGGGAUUUGAUUUGGGAUAUGGGGUUGAUUAAGGAGAAAGAUGGAGGAUUUUACAAACAAAAAAAAGUAAUUUUUCUCAGACAUGUGAAGAAACACUACUUGAAUGUGAUUUUAUCAUGAAGUUAUUGUCAAUGUAACUCUAUAAGAGAAGGAGGUCCUGCACUGCACUCUUUUCCCUACACACUAAGAGAUUCCUGCUGCCUUGAUGACAUUUUAUUUUAAGAAAAAAAAAAAAAAGUUUUUUUUAGAAGCUUUAAUUUCUCCAUGUUUCACUGUCAGUCUCUUGUCAGCUGUGGUUGAUGAAUCGUUUUGUUUACAUGUGUCAUCUGACUAGACUGAGGUGUUGCCAAAAUUCAGGUCAUCACUUUGUAGUCAAUCCAUGAACACUAAAAUUCCUUUUAAUUUUGUUUUAAACUGUACAAGAUACCAUCAUAGAGUCCUGUAGAAACACUUUAACAUUUUUUAACCUUCUUUUCCCAUGUUUUGUCUAUGUGAUUAAUUGGGACAAUUUUUUUUUAAUUGGUCCAGUAUUGAGCAAGCAUGCUGCAGCUGGCAGCAGUGAAGCAGGGCUGCAACAUACUCUUGUGGGCAAUUGCACCCUGGCAAUGUACGUCCAUUAGUGCUUUUUUUUGCCUCUGACAGUCAGAUUGUUAUUCAGAGUCGGGCAACAUCCCUACAAAGCUAGCCUUUUUAAAAAGAGUAAAGAGUCCUUUUUGUUUCACCAGAAACAGUUGCUGUAUUGCUCUCAUCAAAGUCAUCAGACUCCCUACCGCUGCCUCGAUCAGUUAGUUUGGGUUAUUGUCUGACUUUGGUGUUUUUAACAACACCAGUACCACAAACAAACUAAAUAACCAAUGCAGCGGUAGAACAGCAACUGCUGUGUUCUGCAAGGUAAAACUGCUGUUUUUAUCAAUGGAGCCUGGUAGCUUUAACGAGGGCGAUAUAGCAAAAGGAUCUUACUCUUUAAAAAAGGAUCUCUGUCAGGACCCUUUAUCCUUUUCCACAGUAUUGUCACACACGUAAUAACAAUCUGAGCCUGUCAAUGACAAAAAUGUGGCCUAUUAGUCACACAGACACAAAUAAGGGGGGAAGAAAAUGUUGAUGCAUACUAAAGUUACCCUGUCACUGACUUAUAACCAUUGUUGUAUCAGCUGCUAAGAUAAGUAAUAAUUACUCUCUACAAUUAACGCUUUUCAGAUGAAUCCAUUGCUCUCUUCUCACUAUGCGCUGAGUAAACACAGUAUUUUAUGACUGUCAGGCAUGUGAAGGUGCAGUGUAGCCACUGUUGUGCUGGAUUAUUUGCAAACUACCUGUAAAGGUUUUCAUCAUUUAAAGUCCUCACUAAAGUCUUGCUCAGAAAGUGCUUUGGAUAUUCAGGCUUUUUUCUCAGCAUAUGAUGUUCAUAUUGCUAUCAUGAUGGUAUGUAACCAUGUCAUUUUGACUCCAUCUAUUAGUGUUUUAUGACGUCUAUGAGCCAGUGUAUUAAUGUGUGAUGUACAGUGUGAGCAGUAUUCACCAAGUACAUUUUAUUUUGAAAUGAGCAGUGAUCAAUUGCAUGGGUGUUCUGGGGAGCCAUUGUAAAUCUGGACUCAUUUUUGAUCAGUGUUUCCAUGGUGCGAUGGAAGUGCACACUUGCAUUUACUUUCGUGCUAAAUGUGGUUUCAUUUUCACACCAUAAUAUGCAAUUUUUUUUUAAAGCAAAUAAAUUCAUUUAAAAUGC